AUGUGGUGGACGUCAUUAGUAUUUUCUGUAUUAUUAUUUGAUCUCAUAUUCAUUUCAAACUGUGACUAUAUUCAUUUACCUGGAAAUUCCGAUAUUCCAGAUCUAAAGUUACAGUCAGGAUAUUUAAAUGCCAAUGAAAAUGGAACUCAAAAAAUGUUCUACUUUCUCCUCGAGGCGCGGGAUAUUCCAGUAGGAGAAGCUUCUUUAAUAAUAUGGUUCAAUGGAGGACCUGGAUGCUCAUCACUAAGUGCAUUUUUUGAAGAAUUCGGCCCUUUGUAUGUCAAUUUUGGAGGGAAAUCACUAUUUGAGAAUGUUCAUUCUUGGUAUCAUAAAGCCAACAUUCUGUUUCUCGAGUCCCCAAUUGGCGUUGGAUUUUCCUACGACACCGAACAAAGUAACUUCACAAAAGUCAACGAUGACAGUAUUGCGGAGCAGAAUUUCAAUUCAGUUAUUGACUUUUUUCAGAGAAAACACUCUUCUUAUGUGAACCAUGAUUUUUUCAUUGCUGCAGAAUCAUAUGGUGGAGUUUACGGACCUAUGCUAUCGGCACUAGUGGUGGAUUCAAUAUCGAAACGGGAAUUUCCCAAUGAAAAUUUCAAGGGAUUAAUUAUUGGAAAUGGUUUUAUGAAUGUCAAGUUAUCAACAAAUACAAUGAUAUUAUGGAGUGCCUAUCACGACAGAACAUCUCCAGAUGAAUGGGAUGAGAUCAAGGAGAAGUGUGCAACCUCGGGAGCUCACGAUGUUGAUUAUUAUGAUUUUAUGCAAUUCAUGAAAACCACCAAUAAAAUGGACUAUCUUGCUGAUAACAGUACCGAGUGUGGAAGAUUGAUUGAACCACUUCUUGGGCAGUUUUCUGAGACUUUUGACGGGUAUGACUUUUUCAACUACUACCACGAUUGCUACACAAACUUCUCGAUUCCCAACGCCACUGAUCCCAUCAAAGAAACUUUGGCACAAAUACCUCGGAGAAGAAUUUCGGCCCUGUUUAAUAAGCACUCUACUGACGGUCAAGCUUCGUAUAGAUGUUGGGCUGAUGAUGCUCUACAUAAAUAUUUGAAUUUGAAAGAAGUUCAAAAUGCAUUAGGGAUUGAUAGAGCAUGGAAAGAUAGGAAGAAGAAAUGGGAAGUCUGCAAUAUGCCAAUAUAUGAUCAAUAUGUGAUGACUCAUCAGGAUAUGACGCCCUUCUUUAGUAAAAUAUUUGAUAAAUUUACGGGUCCUGCGUUCCGAGUGUUAAUUUACAGUGGAGAUAUUGACACGGCUUGCAACUAUUUGGCAGACGGGUAUUUUGUACGGGAUUUAGCCAGUAUACAUGGAUUUAAAAAGACGUUGAAACACGGGCCAUGGUAUCAUUCUGAACAUAAAGUGAUUGCUGGGAAUUUUAUGAGAUACGAGGGAGCAAAUCAUUUGGGAUCCAAGCUGUCAAUUGAUGUUGUUACAGUUAAAGGAUCCGGUCACUUUGUGCCACUUGACCGCCCUGGACCAGCGCUCCAAAUGGUUCACAACUUUCUGACAGGCAAACCUGGAAAAAUGACAAACUACACCUCGCCCGUUUGAUAACUAUCAAAAU